GAGGUGUGGCCGCGCUGCGCCGUCUGCGCAUGCGUAAGGGGCCGCUCCUCCGCCGCCCUGCGCUGUUGCCCUCACGGCCCCGCCGGCCCAGCACCCCUCCUUCCUUCGCGUCCAGGCACCAUGGCCGAUCCUCGCGUGAGGCAGAUCAAGAUCAAGACCGGCGUGGUGAAGCGAUUGGUCAAAGAAAAAGUGAUGUAUGAAAAAGAAGCAAAGCAACAAGAAGAAAAGAUUGAAAAAAUGAAAGCUGAAGAUGGCGAAAAUUAUGCCAUUAAAAAGCAGGCAGAGAUCCUGCAAGAGUCCCGGAUGAUGAUCCCAGAUUGCCAGCGCAGGUUAGAGGCAGCUUAUACUGAUCUUCAGCAAAUAUUAGAAAGUGAAAAAGAUUUGGAAGAAGCUGAAGAAUAUAAAGAAGCACGUUUAGUUUUGGAUUCAGUGAAGUUAGAAGCCUGAAACUUUUCUGUACAGAGUGUUUUUGCAUUAAAUCCUGGGGUCUAUUCGUUAUUUUUACCACUGCUGGGUGUUCGAGUAGUAUGAGAAUGUGAUUCUUUUUAUGCAGUUGCAAAUAUUUUUCUUUGCAUAAUUUAAUAUGUCAAAUAAAUGAGUUCAUCUAAUAAAUUGUUUAUUUCAUACUUUG